AUGUCCUAUCCUAGUAAUAAACAUCAGCAACAAUUCUUCAACAACAACCUCAACAACAACAAGAAUGAACCACCAUCAACAGCUCUUUCAAACCACAGGAUCCUUCUUGAUUCAAAGUAUGAUUCAACCACCACAAAAAAAGAGUCCUCACCACGGAUGGAUGAUGUGAACACAUGGCUUUCCAUGACAACACCACCACCACCACAGCACGUGCAGGAACAAGAGAAAGAGAAUGAGGAUGAUGACCACAUGCAUGUAAAUCUCCCAACAACAGGACGGAUGAGAAUCGGUCGAGGUGGUCGAGGUGGUCGUCGACUACCUUUGAUUGAUCGUGAACAAGAAGAAGACUCUCAAAGGGAGAAUUAUGGGGUUUCUUCAUCGCAAGGAGGACAUGAAUCACCCACGAGUCGUGGCGAAACGACCAAUGUUGUGGUGGUGGGGAAAAAUCAAAAACAUGUUCGUCUCCAGUCACCACCCAAUUUGGAGGUUCAUGAAGAUGCACAAAACAGGAGAUUCACAUCAACAACGACAACAACAAGCUCUCAAAGCUCUUUUAUUGAUGAAACAACGAAUCCAGCAUCACAAAGAAUGACACAGAAAAGAAGGAAACCUUCUUCUUCUUCUUCUCAACAACAACCAUUUCCAAGUCCUCAUGAGAAAUUUUCAUCAUUUGGAAAAAUUUAUGCCUUUGAAAAGUCCUUAUUUUCAAAGGAGAAUCACAAUUUUGUUGAAAAUUAUUAUGUUCUUCAUAAUACAAGCAGUAGUAGUGGCAACAGCAGGAUAGAACAACAACAACAAGAAAAGAUGCAACACGAAUUUCACACCAAUUUGAUCCAAAAUAAUACAUGCAACGUUGAACAUGUACAACAACAACAACUAGUGAAUCAUCCCUCCAUGAACCAAUCUUUCACCACCACCUCUACUACUACUACUCGCCCUCCUCUCUUUCUUUAUGCAGAAGAGGAUUUGUUACAUGUGCAAACAAGACGACAAGAGAAUUCACCAUCGAGUCGUUGUCUUUUACCACCUUUGGAAAUCACACAAUUUUCGACCAUCGAGUUGCAACAAUUUGGAUUCUUUUGGUUGCCUGCAGACGAAUCGACACCAAGACAACGACCACAACCAAGACAACCACCUCCACGACCAUCACAUGUUGAACCUCAUCAGCAUGGACAAGAGCGACGACGACGACGACCACCACCACCUCGACCAUCACCACAUGCACCACAAACACAUCGACCAACACCACACAAUGAUCCUCUCCUGAAUGCCAUUAACUUGUGCUAUGAAGUCAUACAGAAACGCAAACUAUGA